AAAAAAAAAAAAAAAGGAAAGGUAGAGGUAGCUGGGAUAUAAUCUCAGACAUGGCACCAUAAGACUGUGUUCAAGUUCCAGAUAUGCUAACUUGGGCUGGUCAUCCAAGGGCUGGCAAGAUCUCGUUGAGGUCAUUUCCUUACAAAAUUGUUACAGGUUAAAUGAGAUACUGCUAAUACUGCACAUAUAAAUUAUAAAGCACUUCUCAAACAAGAGAAGCUUGAAACUACCAGAAGAAAUGUGAUGCAGCAUGAGCAAGAGAUGCAGUAAAGCACAGCCAAGCAGCAGCGAGGGGAAAGGUGAAGCUCAAGGCAGGAAUAUAUAGCAAACCUAAGUCCACACCGUUUCUGUGAUUUCCUCCAGCCUACUGGAGUGGAGGACACAGAUUCUGAGUGAGAGUAGACGCAAGAAGAACAAGAGGCUGAAAAAAAUCUAGGUUCUAUAUUUUUAAAAGCUUAGGCUCCAGACAGCAUGCCUAGAGCACGAACCGCGUAAUGAAGGCAUCAGUGGAACAGCCGCCCACUGGGUCCAAAUUAAGCAGGGAAGGUCAUGAACGAAGAAAGCAGUGAGGGCCCAGUAGGCACGCUGACGCGACUGCAGAUAAGAACAGGUGGAGGGGAAGGGAGUUACCAUUUUUGGGAUUUUGGAGAAUCAGAAGAUUCCUGGUAAGUACAGAGAAGGCGGCCGUGUAAUUCCAGUUAAAGGGGUGGGACGUGCUCAUCUUCCCAAUUAGCUUUGAGCCCACAAAGCGCUUGCCCCUCAUUGCCACCAUCCACUGUCCCAUUGUGACUAAGCAUGGGCCCUCCGUGAUUGACUGGUAAAAACAGGGGGUCCAAUUUGUUCAGCUCGUUUCUGUUACACAGAACUAUGGAAUCCUGGAUGACAAACAUUCAUUCUUCCCGGGCAGAAAAACAAAGCCUUCCCGAGCCCAGGCAAGGAGGGUGGCGCUCCCCGGGCCGGCUGGAAUUGAAAUUUGAGACCUCGGCUCCACGGUCUCCCGAACCGGCCCCCGCAGCGCGAGCCUGACAUGCCCUCACCCCGGGAAAACACCCGAAGCCAGGGAGCCGCGGGAGUGCCUGUACCCCGCACGCUAGGCCUGGGGGGGCCUGUGAGCUGCAAGAAGCUCCGGAGGACGAAGGGGAGCCUCGCCGCCUCACACCAGCGCGCAGGAGAAACGUCUGGCGCCCCCGGGCGGCCGAGGCCUCGAGAGCCAGAAGAACGUCUCCCACGCCCAGCGCCGGGCCAACUGACAGUGCCAUCCACCAAUGGGAGGGCCCAGUCUGCGUUCGCGGGACCCGUCCGAGGGGAGAAGAGGGCCGUCCCUGCGGCAAGUCAGAGUGGUCCUGAGGCCUCUCUGGUCACCACGGAGAUAGAGGGACAGCCCCUGUGAAACAGUGACGCCGGCUACACUAUGCCGCUCGCUCUCAGCCUCGGCCUGUCCCUCCCGCCGCGCGCCGAGCCCUUCGGCCGCCCCGCCCACGGCCUUGUUAGGCCCGCCCCCCCCGCGGGAGUGGAUUGGCGAAGAUGUGGCGUCGCCAAAGCUUAUUGGAUGCUUAGUGGCGUCACUCUGGAGGGCGGCAGGGCCCGGAGCGGCGAGGGCCGCCCCUCUCGGAUGGUGAUUGGACUCGCCGGAGUAGACCGGGCUGGGAUUGGUGCGAGGCGGGGCGAGAGCCCGCGGGCGUCCCGGGCCCAGGCGCGGGGGAGGCGGUCGCCGCUGGGACGCCGGUGGGGGCGCUUCGCAGAGGGAAGGAGCAGGAGCGCCCCUACCUCAUCGGGCGGGGGCGGGGGCGGGGGCGGGGGCGAGGGCAAGGGCGGCGCUCGUCGCGUGUGGGUCGCGGUGGAGCGGGCGGCGGGAGGGGGGUGGCAGUGGAGGGACUGA